CACUUUCCUGCUUACCUUUCAUUUUUAACCCAACAAAUGCUAUGCUGAGUCGACGGAAUCAUCAUCCACAUUAUUUUGGCAAACUGAAAUGGUUCACUGUGUUUCAUUCUUGUGCUCAUCACUCCCAUUUCACUCCUCCCCAAAGCUUCAAAGCCACUAUUCAACUGAUCAUCACUCACCCGCUUCAGAAUCCCUCAGAAUUGAUCUCCUCCACAAAUUCAACUCCCCAUUUGAACUCAAACAAGUUCAUGCUCACAUCAUCAAAACCAACACUCAUCACUCUAUUCUACCCCUUACCAGAGUCGGAUUUGUCUGCGCUUUUACUUCUAGUUUUGAAUAUGCUCAUCAAAUCUUUGAGCACGUCGAUAAACCAGAGAUUUUUGUCUGGAAUUCUUGUUUGAAAGAAUUGGCCCAAGGCGAUUCUCCUAAUGAUGCUAUUUUGCUGUUUUAUCAGAUGAUACAGUAUAAUAUUUGUCCUGACACUUUCACUUGUUCUUUUGUUCUCAAGGCUUGCUCACAAUUACUGGACCUUUUACAUGGUAGAAUUGUUCAUGGGUUCAUAGAGAAACUUGGGUUUCAAUCAAAUUUGUUCUUGCAAAACACAAUUGUUCAUCUCUAUGCAUCUUGUGGUGCGAUGGCCGAUGCUCGGCUUCUGUUUGAUAAAAUGUCGCAACGAGACACAGUGACUUGGAAUAUAAUGAUAACUCAACUGGUAAAACGAGAAGACAUUGAGGGAGCGUAUGCACUGUUUUCCGAAAUGCCGGAGAGAAGUGUGAGGUCGUGGACGUCGAUGAUUGCUGGUUUUGUUCAGUGUGGGAAGCCAAAGGAGGCUGUUGAGCUUUUCACAGAGAUGGAGGAAGCAGGGUUGAGUCCGAAUGAGGUCACGGUGGUGGCUGUUCUCGCGGCAUGUGCUGAUUUGGGUUCACUUGAUCUUGGCAGGAGGAUUCAUGAGUACUCGAACAUAAGUGGGUUUGGAAGAAACACUCGUAUUUGUAACACACUGAUUGAUAUGUACAUCAAGUGUGGAUGUUUGGAAGCUGCUAGUAGAGUUUUCGGGGACAUGGAGGAACGAACAAUCGUGUCAUGGUCAGCCAUGAUCCAAGGGCUUGCCAUGCAUGGGCAAGCUGAGGAAGCUAUGAGACUCUUCGAUAAGAUGAUCCGGAUUGGCGUCAAACCCAAUGGGGUCACCUUCAUUGGAAUCUUGCAUGCUUGUAGCCACAUGGGGUUGAUAAAUCAGGGUAGGAUGUUCUUUUCUAGCAUGACUAGAGAUUAUGGAAUAAUUCCCAAGAUUGAGCAUUAUGGUUGUAUGGUUGAUCUUUUCAGCCGGGCAGGGCUCCUUCAGGAGGCCUACGAGUUCAUCAUGAACAUGCCCAUCAAGCCAAAUGGGGUUGUCUGGGGUGCUCUUCUCGGCGGAUGCAGGGUUCACAAGAACAUCGAAUUGGCUGAAGAGGCAAUCAAACACCUCCUUGAAUUGGACCCCGCAAAUGAUGGAUACUAUGUGGUUUUGUCGAACAUUUAUGCAGAAGCAAAACGGUGGGAAGACACUGCAAGACUGAGGAAGUUGAUGAGGGAUCGAGGGGUGAAGAAGACACCGGGGUGGAGCUCAAUCAGUGUAGAUGGAAUGGUCCAUGAGUUUGUGGCUGGGGAUGAGACCCAUCCUCAAGCUGAGGAGAUAUUUCAAAUGUGGGAAAAGUUGUUUGGGAAAAUGAAGCUAAAAGGUUACGUACCAAACACUUCAGUAGUUCUGCUGGACGUGGAAGAGAGUGAGAAAGAAAAGGUUUUAUUUCGCCACAGCGAGAAACUAGCACUGGUUUUUGGGCUAAUGAAAACACCAACUGGAACACCAAUUAGGAUAAUGAAGAAUCUUCGAGUUUGUGAAGAUUGUCACGCAGCCUUGAAACUGAUAUCAGAGAUCGUUCAGAGAGAGAUUGUUGUGCGUGACCGGAAUCGGUUCCAUUGUUUCAAAGAUGGUUCUUGCUCUUGUGGAGAUUACUGGUAGUGGAUUCAAUUGCUAACAAAUCACGUAAGUUCUAUUGAAUUAGCACAUUCAAAUGCAAUGUACAUCCAAAAUUCAUUUUGUAAUUUAUGGUGCUCCUUAGCUGAAGAGUCCUUUGAUCUGCUGUUUCAUAUGAUUUAUUUUGCACGCAACAAAAUAUUGAUCAGAUCCCUUUUGCAAUGCUCUGGGUUA